AUGACAAAGGAGUCUCUCAACAGUCCGGUCUCUAAUGGCAAUCCUAACACACCAGAGAAUGGCAACGCUAGCACACCAAAGAAUGACAACGCUAGCACACCAGAGAAUGACAAACCUAACACACCAGAGAAUGGCAACGCUAACACACCAGAGAAUGACAACGCUAGCACACCAGAGAAUGACAAACCUAGCACACCGGAGAAUGAUAACGCUAGCACACCACAGAAUGACAAACCUAACACACCAGAGAAUGGCAACGCUAACACACCAGAGAAUGGCAACGCUAGCACACCAGAGAAUGGCAAUCCUAGCACACCAGAGAAUGGCAACGCUAGCACACCAGAGAAUGGCAAACCUAGCACACCGGAGAAUGACAAUCCUAACACAUCAGAGAAUGACAACGCUAGCACACCAGAGAAUGACAACGCUAACACACCAGAGAAUGGCAACGCUAACACACCAGAGAAUGGCAACGCUAGCACACCAGAGAAUGGCAAUCCUAGCACACCAGAGAAUGGCAACGCUAGCACACCAGAGAAUGACAAACCUAGCACACUGGAGAAUGACAAUCCUAACACACCAGAGAAUGGCAACGCUAGCACACCAGAGAAUGACAAACCUAGCACACUGGAGAAUGACAAUCCUAACACACCAGAGAAUGGCAACGCUAGCACACCAGAGAAUGACAACGCUAGCACACCAGAGAAUGACAAUCCCAGCAAACCAGAGAAUGACCAUCCUAGCACAUAG